GAAAAUCGUUAGAUUUGAUUUUGAUAAAAGUAUGGUUAAGAUUAGAUUUUUAUUAAACUUUGGACUUUUUAAUCUUACUUUCAUAUACUUCAUACAUUCCUUUCUUUGUACAUUUACGCCUAUAGAAUCAACAAUGCCUGUGAAGUUAAAUCUAAUUGCUGCGGCAUGCGAGAACAUGGGUAUAGGAAAAAACAACAACUUGCCAUGGAAACUAAAGUCUGAAAUGGACUAUUUUACUAAAAUGACCAGUAAAACGAGCGAUCCCAAUAAGAAAAACGUAGUUAUAAUGGGUAGAAGAACAUGGGAGUCUAUACCUAAAAAAUACAAGCCAUUAGCGGAUCGUAUAAAUUUCGUGUUAUCUCGAUCGGAUUUAGAUUUAAACGACUAUACUAAUACAUUUCAUUUUAAUAGUCUAGAGUCGUGCAUUGAGAAAUUGGAAGUCGAUUCUUUUAAGAAUGUUUAUGAAACCGUUUGGAUUAUUGGUGGCAGUCAUUUAUACGAGGAGGCCAUGAGAUCAAAUAAUUUUUACAGACUGUAUUUAACACGCAUUUUAAAAACUUUCGAUUGUGAUACAUUUUUCCCACCCUUACCAGCACAUCUUAAAAAAGUCAGCGAUCCUGAAGUACCUGAUGACAUUCAAUCUGAAAAAGGAAUAAACUUUACAUACAAUAUCUACGAAAAGACUGUUUGAAGAUAAUUCCAUAACAGCAAGCAUUUACUAUAUUUGUAUGUUAUAUCGAUAAAAAGAAAUAAAAAUGAACUCUCUUAGACAA